GGGCAUUGCUAUACACAUUAUUCUGCACAAUGAGACCGUUAACUGAAGAGGAGACGAAGAUAUUCUUCGAGAAGCUAGCCAAAUACAUAGGGCGUAACAUUGUUCACCUUAUCGAUAGACCAGAUGAACCCUACUGUUUCCGAUUGCAAAGAGACAGAGUCUUCUAUGUUAGUGAGGCUAUUAUGAAACGGGCAACCUGCGUAGGGCGAGACAACCUUCUAUCACUCGGUGUAUGUUUCGGCAAGUUCACAAAAACGCUAAAAUUUAAGCUUCACAUCACCGCCUUGGAGUACUUGGCGCAGUAUGCGAAGUACAAAAUUUGGGUGAAGCCGUCUGGAGAAAUGCCCUUCUUAUAUGGAAACCAUGUCUUGAAGGCACAUCUCGGACGAAUUACCGAGGACACACCAGAACAUCAAGGAGUGGUGAUUUACUCCAUGGGUGACGUGCCCCUGGGAUUUGGAGUCACCGCUAGGUCAACACAAGAUUGCCGGAAGCUGGAUCCAAGUGCUAUAUGCGUCUUUCAUCAGGCUGAUGUUGGCGAAUACCUUCGUGAUGAAGAACACCUGACUUAGUCUUGUCCGACCCAUAGUGUCUUUUCAUGCUAUGCAUCUAUUUUCUCCGUACAUUCUUUUGCCAAAUAUUAUAAAUUAUUCAUGAGCCUGCACUCAUUCCGCGUA